AUGGUUGGGACAGCUGCCGGCACACCGCCAAACAGCACUCCAUCACCGUUGGACCGCUCGCGCUCGGGCAUCCCAGUAAAACCGUCGCCGGGCGCAUCUCUGCCGCGCAUGUCCCCUGCAGCCGCGAUCAGCACCUCAACUGCAAGGCCGCGGGUGCCAACCCGCUCAGCAGCCCGCGGCACACCGGGCGUGUCCAGUACAUCGUCUGCAUCUGGCUCGACACCACCCUUGUCACCAAUCACCCCCUCCAAGUCCAUGUCAUCACUUGCGUCGCCGACAACGCCAGUCACACCGCGAAACCGGUUGCUCGCCAGAGGGAAGACUCCGUCGAUAUCGCGUCUCUCAACUGGGGGUGCUGCGCCAACCACCCCAGUGUCGCAAACUCGCACACCAGUGCAGCCGGCGCGUUCGCAGCCCAGUCCACAGCUGCCACGACAGAGCUCGGUCCGUGACGAGCGCCUAGAGGCUCCGCUCCCGCUGCGAGUUGCAGAGACCGUUCCAAAAGCUCCUCUGCCCAGAGAACCACCGGCACCUGCCAAUGCGACAUCCGAACUUGCUCGAUUGCAAAGGCGCGUCACUGAGCUGGAGACCAAAUAUUCGCUUCUCCAAGCAGAACACGCCCGGUGUAACCCUCGCGUCGUCGAACGCCGGUCAAAACGGCAGGACGGCAUGGAGGACAAGAUCGAGACGCUGCUAGCCGACCGCGAGACGCUGGGCACCGUCGUGCGCUCGCUACCCCGGGAACAACGUAUGGGUCUGCUGAUUCUCAUUGCCGAAGCCUGUCGUCCCUCGGACAUCCAGGCGCAGAUUGACGUGCUUGAGAGUCUCAAGUCGUCCCGCACAGGAGUUCUUGGUCGCCUGGACGACGAUUUGUGUACCUACGUCAUCCAGUUCCUAGACCGCCGUGACCUGUUACAGUUGCGACUGGUAUCGAAGCGCUUCGACCGGCUCGCGACGAGUCCAACGGUGUGGCGCCGCCAGUGUCGCGAGCUCGAGGCCCGUUGGGACGGAACUAUCGACCUGCGAAACUAUAAUCUCGAUGAAGAUGGGGACUGGCUGGCGCUGUUCAAGAGCUUGUGGCAGAGGGAGAAGCAUUGGACCAAUGGCCAGGCGCAAUCCGUCGCAAUGCUCAGUGGCCAUACAAACUACGUCACCUCUCUCAAGCUGUGCGGCGAGACUCUCAUUAGCGGCUCUUACGACGACACGAUCCGUGUUUGGAACAUUCCUCACAUUAUCUCCAACGCCAAAGCGGUUCCUCCGCCAAAGAUUAUUGCAGCAAAGUCUGUGUCCAGCCUCGACUACUAUGCCCCCGAGGAAGUACUCGUCACCGGCUCACACGAUAUCGGUCGCGCGACCGUGUGGCGCAUGGUGGACGGCGAAUGGAAGGCCGACAAGAUCCUCUCGGGUCAUCUCCACGGAACGCGUGCGGUUGCGAUCAAUGCGCAAUGGUGUGUUUCUGUCGGCUCGGACAAGGCCAUUGUCGUCUGGGACUGGAGGACCGGCCACAAGCUCGUGCGCUUUGGUCAGCAGACCAACGUCAAUAUUGGUAUGAACCUCCUCGACAACUACAUCAUCACGGCGACGGUAGACGGCGUCAUUCGCUCGUUCUCUAUCGGCAAGCGCGAGAUGCUUGGGCAGUUCAGGCUGUCAGAGCUUGCUCAGCGCCAACCCGAGUUUGCCAACAAGCUCAAGGACGUUGGCGUUGGUGCACUCGGCAUGCUAACGUGGUUUGCAGCCGAAGGACGGUUCAUGGCGUGCGCGACCAAGGACAUUGUGAUUCGCCUUGCAUGGGACUGGGCAACAGGAGAGGAGCUCGCGGAGCAGGCAGAUGCCGACGCGGAGCUCAACAGCCCAUCCAAGGUACACUUGAACGACGCUAUUGCCCCUCUCACUCCAGGCGUUCGCCCGCGUGCAAGUGGCGUUGGUGUGGCUGCAUCUUCGCCUCGCUCCCAGUCUCCGCGCUCGCCUCGUACACCGCGCUCGAGCGUGGCAAGCCCAAUCAUCCGAGGCCCAGUCCCUGGCACCUUCGCGUCCAAGCUCUCGUCGUCAUUUACGGGCGACUCGGAGGAGAGCGCUGCGCAAGGAACGACCAACACGACGUCCAAGUUUGCUCUUGGUCGCCGUCCACGAAUUGUGGAAAUCCUCGAUAUUACUGGCACGGAACGAGGCGCUUUUGAAGCUGGCCGGAUGCGUAUCGUCACAAGCAGGCGUCUCUCGGCAAGAGCCGGAGCUGAGCGACGGGUGCUCCUUGGAACGGAGGAGAUGAGUAACGACAAGAUGACGCUGGUGCCACUCGGAGGCGCCUGGAAUAAGGCCGGGUUGGCGGCGGCGGCCAAGAACCCGAUGAGUUUGGCUCUUGAUCACGACAAAUUGGUGUACGGAUGUUCAGAUGGCUCUAUUGUCAUCGCAGGCUUCGUGACGACGAAGUCAACGACGAAGAAGUAG